CUGGAUCCACUGGGUCCCGCGUGGGACUGCCCGCUGGCCUCCAAGGACCUGGAGGAAGAGGAGGGCCCAUGGGGAGGAGGCGCUGGCCUGCCACCCCCAGGCUGCUUCUCUGGCUCCUGGCGCCAUGACGUGGGCCUGGACUGCAAGGGCUCCCUCGAGGGAGCGGAGGCCCGGGCGUGGACCGUCUACCACUAUAGCCUCCUCCAGAGCUGUCUUCAGCAAGCUGGCCUGCCGGAGACCCAGGACCGCAGCCAGGUGCCCCGCACAGGCUGCCCUGGUGCGGAGGUGACCUUAUGCAUUCUGGGAUCCCCCAGCACCUUUCUGUCCGUGCUGCUGGAAGGAGGGGUCCAGAGCCCGGGAAAUAUGCUCCUUUGCCUGUCCCCUGCUUGGCUGAUGAAGGUGCCAGCACCUGGGCAGCCGGGCGAGUCGGCCCUGCUGGUCUCCAAGGCCGUGAGCUUCUACCCGGGGGGCUUGACAUUCCUGGAUGACUUUGUCCCCCCACGCCGGGCCACCUACUUCCUGGCGGGCCUGGGGCUGGGACCUGGCCGGGGUCGAGAGGCAGCUGAACUUGCCCGUGACCUGACCUGCCCCACAGGAGCCUCGGCUGAGCUGGCCCGGCUGCUGGAAGACAGGCUGCUGACCAGGAGAUUGCUGGCUCAGCAGGGUGGCGUGGCUGUGCCAGCUACCCUGGCUUUCACCUACAAGCCACCAGCACUGCUGCGGGUAGGGGAUGCCAGCCCAGGACUACGGCUGGUGGAGCUGAGUGGCAAAGAGGGCCAGGAGACACUGGUGAAGGAGGAAGUAGAGGCCUUUCUGCACUCCGAGGCCUUGGGUGAUGCCCUGCAGGUGGCCGUGAAGCUCAGUGGCUGGCGCUGGCGGGGGCGGCAGGCACUGCGUCUGUACUCGCAAAAGGAGCUGGGCACAGUGGUCGACAUGGUGCUGGCAUUGCUGGAGAAACUGGAGGAGGAGGAGAGUGUCCUGGUGGAGGCUGUGUGCCCACCUGCCCGGCUGCCCUUCCCAGGCAGCCCCCCACCUGGCCCUGAGCUGGCUGUGCGGAUCUGUGCUGUGGUAUGUCGGACACAGGGUGACAGGCCCUUGCUGAGCAAGCUGCACCUAGUGGAGUCGGAUCCCAACCACUUUGCAUCCCAACUGGUGCAGACUUUCAUCCACUUUGAUGUGACAGAGCACCGGAGGGACGAAGAGAAUGCGCGGCUGCUGGCGGAACUGGUGCGGGCACGUGGCCUGCAGCUCGAUGGCUGCUUCUCCUACUGGGACGACUGCCUAGUACUCACGGCCUUGCUCUGCCAGGAGCUGGGUCUGCCCUGCAGCCCCCCGGCUGCCAUGCGCCUGGCCAAGCAGAAGAGCUGCACCCAGCUGCACCUGUUGCGCUGCCAUGGCCCACCCUGGCCCGCGCCCUCCCUCCACGCCGUGCCCUGCUGCCCGCUGGAGAGUGAGGCCGAUGUGGAGAGGGCCGUCCACCAGGUGCCCCUGCCGGGUGUCAUGAAGCUGGAGUUUGGGGCAGGCGCAGUGGGUGUGCGGCUGGUGGAGGACGCACCGCAGUGCCACGAACACUUUUCCCGGAUCACCCGCGACCUGCAGGGUGAGGCCGACCACCCCGGCAUCGGGCUGGGCUGGGGGAAUGCCAUGCUGCUGAUGGAGUUCAUUGAGGGCACCGAGCACGAUGUGGAUCUGGUGGUCUAUGGUGGGCGACUGUUGGCCGCCUUCGUCUCCGACAAUGGCCCCACGAGGCUGCCUGGCUUCACUGAGACGGCGGCCUGCAUGCCCACUGGGCUGGCACCGGAGCAGGAGGCACAGCUGGUGCAGGCAGCCUUCCGCUGUUGCCUGGGCUGCGGGCUGCUGGAUGGGGUCUUCAACGUGGAGCUCAAGCUCACCAGGGCCGGGCCGAAACUCAUCGAGAUCAACCCUCGGAUGGGUGGCUUCUACCUGAGAGACUGGAUCCUGGAGCUCUAUGGUGUGGACCUGCUGCUGGCUGCAGCUAUGGUGGCCUGUGGCCUGCGGCCUGCCUUGCCCAGCCACCCACGCGCCCGUGGCCACCUGGUGGGCGUCAUGUGCCUGGCUUCCCAGCACCUUCAGACUCUGAGUUCCACCGCCAGCCGUGAGACCCUGCAGGCUCUUCAUGACCAAGGCCUGCUGCGCUUCAAUUUGCUGGAGGAGGUCCUGGUGCCUGGUGAAUACGAGGAGCCCUACUGCAGUGUGGCUUGUGCUGGGCCCAGCCUGGCUGAGGCUCGUCUCCGCCUGCUGGGCCUCUGCCAGGGUCUGGGCAUCGAUGGGCCCCACUACCCUGUUGCCCACUUCCUGUCCCACUUCAAAUAG